GCCGCCAGCGGCCGCGGCCGCGGCGCACGAGAGCUGAGGGCGCUGCAGGGCGAGCGCCCAGCACUCGUGAGGGAGCUCGAGGCGCUCAGGGCGGAGCGCGCGAAGGCGGCCAAGGAGAUCGCCACGCUGAAGGAGGAGCGCAACGGGCUGAAGGACGAGGGGCUGCGCAUGUCCAAGCGCAUCCACGACGUGGAGAGCAAGAUGAAGGAGCUCACGGCCGAGGCGAGGCACGCGGACCAGAGGACGUCGGAGCUGGAGCGGGCCAAGGCGUCCUUGCACUCGCAGGUGUCGCAGCUGCGGGCCCGGGCGGAGGAGGCGGAAGCCGCCGUGCAGGAGCACCGCGCGGAGGCCCGCAGGCUGACGCAGGAGCUGCGGCGGGCGACCUCCCAGCUGCAGGGCGAGCAGCACCGGCUGGAGGUGGAGAAGCAGGCGCAGCAGCAGACCUCGAGCCGGCGGGGCGAGCUGGAGCGGCGGCUGCAGGAGCGGCUGGAGAGCGCGGCCCGCGAGUGCGAGAACCUGCUCACCGCCAACAGCUCGCUGUCGGCGCAGCUGGAGCAGGCGCACGCGCAGGCGGACGAGCAGCUGGAACUCACCCGGCAGGAGCUCGCCGAGGCGCUGCGGGCGAACGAGGAGCAGCGCCGGCGCCUCGAGGCGGCCGAGCUGGAGCUCGUCUCGCUGAGCGUGCCGCACGCGCAGCGGGUCGCGGAGCUGGAGAUGCGCCUGGCGCGGCAGGAGAGCGCGAGCGGCGAGCGCCUGGCGGCGGCGCAGCAGCAGGUGGAGUCGGCGCGUGCCGAGAUGGAGGCGCGGAUCGCGGAGGCGGGCAGGUCGGCGGAGGAGUUGCAGCAGGAGGUCAAGGAGCUGAGGGACCAGGCUGCACGGAGCCGCGCGGCCUCCAUGGCGGCCCAGGACGCCGCGCGCGAGGCGUCGGAGGCGCGCUUCGCCCUGGAGGCCGCGGACCGCGCGCGGGAGUCUGCGGAGGCGGAGCUGCGCCUCGAGCGCUCCACGCGGGGCUCCGAGGCGAAGCAGCGCGCCGCCCUCGAGGAGAAGGUGGCCCUGCUGACGCGGAAGCUCCAGCAGGCCCAGGCCCGCGCCUCCGUGCUGCAGGGCACCGCCAGCCUCGUCUCUGGCGGCGCUGGCGGCGCCGGCGGCGCCGGCGGCGCCAGCGGCGCGGCCGCCGAGAGCCC